GGUGGUGUUGGGUGGUGUAUGGGAUGGUGUUCAGUGGUGUAUGGGGUUGUGUUGGGUGGUUGUAUAUGUGUUGAGCUGUGUUUCCCGGAAGCUGCUAAAGUUACAAGCUGCUGUUUUUAGAGGAGGACUGACAUCCAAUCCACUGACAUUCCUCCGCCUUCCUGCAGUCCUGCUGGGGAAGUACCGCUCACAUCCUCCCAGAUACCCCUACAGACAGUACAGACACCACAGACACUACAGACACUACAGACACUGCAGACCCCACAGACACCACAGACACUACAGACACCACAGUCACACAGGUACUCGAACACCACGGACACUACCAUGUUGUGUUGCAGUGUAUCUGUGUCCUACCGUGUGGAACCAUAGGGGGCGCUGGACCGAGUCUUAGGGCGUAGAGGUGGAAUAAUGAGUACAUUAUAAAUACAUAACACAUGCUAAUGACCUCUACCAGAAAGGGAAGUGCUUCUUCACUGGAGAUGAGCUGCCAGGCGCUGAUGAGACCGGGCCGUUUGGACCGCAUCGUGUACGUCCCGCUCCCAGACGCCCAGACCCGCCGUGACAUCUUCAACAUCCAGUUCAGGAACACGCCGGUGUCCCCCGACGUCAGCCUGGACCUCCUGGUGGGCCGGACAGAGAAGUACUCCGGAGCCGAGAUCUCGGCGGUGGUGCGGGAGGCCGCUCUCCUGGCCCUGCAGCAGGACAUCACGGUGCAGCAGGUGACGGCGGACCACCUCCACGCCGCCCUGCAGGUGGUCCGGCCCCGGGUCCCCGACUCCCUCCUGCAGACCUACCGCCGGUACCAGCAGCAGAGCCCCGCCCCCUUCUGAGGCCCGCCUCCCAUUUGCCCGGCCCAACCACCUGACCUCAGUGUGUGAAUAUGUGAAUAUGUUUCAGCAGCAAUAAAAAUACAUUAUAAAAAAUGA